CUGUGGAGUCUGGAUAAGCAACUGUUUACAUACAGCCAGCUAUGGUCUCCCAGGAAGGAACUUUCUCUGUUGUGUACAGAAGUCUGGGAAAAGACCUGAUGAAACUGCAUGCGAGGAAGAAACAGGUCUAACUAAAUGUGCAUCUAUACUUUUUUUAAAGCAAGGAACCACAAAGGGUAGGUCCCAAGGAAGUUGCAUUGCUUGCUGCACCUGUCACGGGGGCUGUACCUUCUUCUCUCAUUUAUCUCCAUUUACAGCCUUGAACACUGAGGCCUUCGGCUUUGGCUGAAAACCGAGGCCAAGGGUGCCCAGACAGUGAGUUAAGGAGGCCCAAGCCGAAUUUUGCUGGAAGUGCUCCAGUAUAAAGCCUCUCUCAGAACCAGCCGCCACCAAGACGUCUUGAAGUCAAAGUAACUCACACCCUUGUCCACCUCGCCCUGCAAUGAAGAAACUUCGGUCGCACAAGCUCCAUAACUCAUCUUGGCGUGGGCUGUGACUUACUGGGGGAUGGGCCUCCUUUUCGUUCUAGCUACUAAGUGGAGCGGAGUGCCAGGUGGUGUCAGAGGGCGGGGCGGCCCCUCCAAUGGUGGCACCCUCAACCACGGAUAAGGUUCCAAUUAGGUAAGGACGCAAGCAAUGCUGUCGUUUCGGUUGACGCUCCUUUCAUUCCUUGGAAGUGGUCAGUGUCACAAAACGAAUUUUCAUUCGCUCUAAGCAGUCACACCAGCCCUGCUAACCGGAUGGUCGGAGCCCCGUGCUUUCGCCGGACGCCCUCUUGGAACCUUCAGGCCACCCUGAGGAUGGACAGUCGGGUGCCCGCCCUCCUCCCCUACCGUCGCGGGCCUGCGCCCCCCACCCCGGACCGCGACUCGGGCGCUCUAGCGGCGCGUGCGGGCGCCCCUGGGUGCGAGCCACCGACUCACGAGCCGCUGCUUGUUACUCCCGCCGCCGCGACCUGGGGAAGCGAAAAUGAAAUUGACUUUUCCGAGAAAUGAUGAAAGCGGCGCUGCCCGCCAAUGAGCUGCGGCGGCGAACUUCCGCACCUCCCGGCCGGGCGCUCGCGCCCUCCCUCCGCCUCCACCUCCUGGUUGCACAAGCUUGAAACAAACACUGGGGAGGAAGGGCGGAGGGAGGAGGGCGGAGAGGGGAGGCGAGGGAGGGAGCGCGGCCGGAGGAGGGCGGGGGGUGGGGGGAUUUCCAGCCGCGGCUCUUCGCAGUUUCCUCUCCUUGUUUUGCUUUCGAUCUGGACUGUUCUCAGGCAAGCCGGGGAGUAACUUUUAGUUUUGCUCCUGCGAUUAUUCAACUGACGGGCUUUCAUUUCCAUUUCACACACCCUAGCAACACUUACACCUUGCGGAAUUGUAUUGGUAGCGUGAAAAAAGCACACUGAGAGACGGAAAAUGCCGGGGUUCAUAAAUAUUAAUACCGAUUUUUGGAGGAACAGUCGGCGCAAUUAUGGAUCGUCUGAUUUUAGGGGAAGCAGGUUCUGCUGCUGUUGCUGCUGCUACUGGGGCUGCUGAGGCUGCGAGGAGGAGGAGGAGGAGAUGCGGAGAGGUGGCUCCAUCCACACAGACGUGCUGUGUGUGCUUCUGCGCCCCAGGUGUUGUGUGUGGGGGUGCAGGUCCGCUGGAGUCGGGCCUCAUUUAAAACAAAAUUGUGUGUAUGUGCGUGUUUGUGUGUGCGCGCGUGUGUGUGCAGCCACCGCCGCCAGCGGAUCCGAAGGAGGGGAGCGGGUCCUUCUCGGUGCCCGCGGCGGCGUCUCUCCAGGCUGCCUCCAGCGUAAAUAAGCAGGCACCGCCGCCCGCCCCGGCCGGGAGGAGCGCCUCCAGCCACGGCCAGAGGAAACUUGCCGGGGCGCCCCGCGGCGGUCCCGGGGCUCGCCUGCCUGCCGGGCUCGGAGUCGGGUCGCGGGCGUCGGGUGCCAGCGGCCGGGACGGGAGGGCGGGCUCCGAGCCGGGCCGGGCGCCGGGCCUGGCCGACGCGCCUUGCUUCCUGGGGGCUGGGCCGCCGCCGCCGCCGCUCGGAAGGGACGCCGCGUCCUCCUUCCCGCCGGCCAGCGCCCGGUCGGGCCCUGGGGCUUUGUCAUUGCACUUGUCCCGGCGCGCGAGGGGCUCGGGCGGCGCGUCCCGGGAGGGCACCGCGCCGAGGGGUCAGCCGCCCGGGCCGCGGCCUAGCGCCGUGCGCCCCCGGAUCCCCGCAGGCGCCCCCGGCCGGCCUCGCGCGCUGGGCCUGACCCGCCUCGGCUGCGGAGCGGGCGAGGUGGGGGCGGGGAGCCUCCGGGGACCGAGCGGCGCCGUGGGGGCCGGCGUCCCCUCGGGGUCCCGGGGCGCGGGCCGCGGCGGGGUGGGGACGCGAGUGCCCGCCCCGUGCCCUCCGACCCGGCUCCGGGCGCCGGGUGACAUUCGCCCGCUGGCCGAACAUGGUUGGUGCAAAGCCGCGGCGGCCGCCACUUCCUUUCCGCCUCGCCGGUAGGGCUCGCCCACCGAGUGAAGCCGGCGGCGGCCAAUCGCGGCGCCCGCCCGCUCCCAGCGGCACGGUCUGGGGGCCGGCGCCCGCCAGGGCUGGGGAAGCCGUUCCAAGUUCCAAGGGUCGCGGGUGUAACUCAUGCCCCUCCCAGCACGCGCCGGCGUCCCCCCUUGGCCCCCGGUCUGGGUGCGUUUGCCACCGUCUCCUCCUUGUUCCCUAAGAAGCGGGGGAGGGGAAGGAGGCUGGCAGCCUGGGCCGGGCGCCAGGGCCGUGGUCGGGCACCAGGUGAAACGCCCGGGUCAGUCUGUGUAGGCCGGACCCUUGGCGAUCGGCUGCGGAUGUGAUCCCGGGGACUGGCAGCCGAGGUAGCUCAGAAGAGCUAGGUGGCUUUCGCUCUUUCUAACCCGCUACUGUCUGAAACUUGGGGACCUAUUACCCGCCCCCUCCCUCUUCAACCACCUCCCUCCGGUUGCUCCUUGUCCUUGGUGUGGAAGGAGAAAACUCAGUCCUAAAUGAGGAAAAGUGGUGCUGGCAUUUCGUCUUCAGCCACCGGCCUCCCUAUGGCUGUGACUCGUCUGCUUUUGAUGAAUGGCCAGGAGGGAUGGAGGAUCGUUAGAUUUCCUGUUGUGGAUUUUCAGGAAUCACCGAGACUGCUGUCAAGCCUGCAGUCAGUUACUAGUUUUCCUAUCUACUGUAUGUUCUCUUCGAGCAGUUCAGUUUUUGGUGCUUAAGGGCAGGUGCACAAGGGGGUCUGGGGUUAGACCAGGCAGUGGAUAGCCUUGAUGCCAGGCAGAUGCGGUUAUCCCCACCAGGCCCAGAGGGUGACUCUUUAACUUCACCGCGCACAAAGAUUCAGGAUUCUCUGAUUUCCCCAACUUUCCUUUAUUCUUCUUUUAGGGGGAGAAGGGGCAAAAAUAGAAACCUAAAAAACCCUGGGAAAAGGAACCUUUUCUGAGGAAACUUCAGCAGAUGGAAUAUUUAAGACUUGAACUGGGAUCUCUAGGGGGAAGGUUGGAACAUCUAUUGAUUGAUGUGUCAAAGUCCGGAAUUUCACUGUAAUUAGUGAACGAUUAUAACUUGUAACUUUGUUGUGUAAGAAAUUACAUUUUGGUCUCUUAGAUCCAAGAGUUCUUGUCUGUUACGAUUUGUAACUGCUUGUUAAAAUUAAACAUUUACAUAUUUCAUUCUCA